UCUGUGUUUUUGUUUGGCGAAGUACAUUUUUAUUUACGUUUGCCUUGCAUACUAUUACUUGAUUAUAAUUUCAACAAAAAUUUAAAUUAUCCGGGAUAAUGAGCAAGAAAGCAACACGAGGCAGCAAACCAAAACCAGAUCCGGAUGCGGAGGGAUCUGCAAAAAAGACCACUGCUGCGGCGCUGAAAAAGGUGCUGUUUGUGUCCGAGGAACUGCUGCCCAAGGAAGGGGACGAUGGGCGCCUCCGGCUGGAGCGCUUUUUCCAUCCCGGUCAGGGGAAGGAGGCUCUGUUCGUCACCCAUCCCGAUGGCCAGAUGAUGGAGCUGCUUGAGUACGCAGAGCCGCGUCGCAGUUGGCUGGUGAACAGCGAGGUGUGCUCCAAUGGCAGGAUCUACAUGACCACGCCGGUGGAUCCCACGCUCCUUGCCCUCCACCACCUCCGGAAGCAUUGUGCGCAAAGAGCAAUAUCGCUGGACAACAUUGCCGUGGAUGAGGCCAGCACCAGUCGGUUGCUCAACGAGAUCCUCGACCCGGAGAGCCUUAAAUGCGUGUCGGAUGUGAAGAGCUCCGGCGACCAGAGGUUCUACAAAUACAACCAAGAGCGAACGUUGGCCUGGCUAGCCCUGAAGACGCGCCAGGUGGCGGCCAUGCUCAAGGAGAAGCAAAUCCACUGCGGGCACAGCGCUCAGUCGCAGAAUUUUGUGCGGAGCGAGAAGCUGGCGUCGGAAAGUGUCACCAACGAAAUGGACUACACACGCAUGGCUUGCGACAUUGUGGGGCGGUAUUUGGAUGCGGAUCUGCAUGGCCUGCUCACCGGCUAUCUGCAAAUUCCCAGCGAGAUUCAGGCGAUUGUCGAGGAGAAGGCUGCUGCCCAGAAGCGGAAAUCCAAGGCGGGCAAGGACGAGGGCACCGACUCCAAGAAGAUCAAGCUUAACGACAGCGAUGCCGCCGCCAAGCUAAAGAGCAGCGGUCUGGUGGACAGCGAUGCAGAUCCCAAUGCCAGCAUCACAUCGCCCACGCCGACUCCGCUGAAGGAGCGCUCGCUGACCGCCAAGGAGAAGGCCCUGGCCAAGGGCGCCAAGGGAACCAAGAGCAUUGCCUCGUUCUUCAAAGUAAAGUAGAUUAGGUCACUCAUAAGUUAAUCAUAGGUUUUCUUUUUUUACUCACAUUGGCUCAUUAAUUCGCGUACUUUACCUACUAUGAAUGUUUAAUUUUUUACAAUCAAUAUAAUAAUAUUAGUUUUCA